AUGCCCCUGCCCUCGAAAUCGAAAAGAGAAGAUAAAAGAUAUGAGUAUCAGAAGCAGAAAGUUCCCUGUUGGUGUGAAGGAUGCAAAGGCAAACACGUACCUCAGUACACGCAGCGUGAUCACCAAACCAGGCCUCGAUACAACUCGGAGAAGCAGUCAGACGAUGAGCGCGGGUCCGUCAAGCUAGGAGCCACAGGGAUACUCAAGAAACUUGCGAAAAAACUUAAGCUGAGUCCGAAGAAGAAUAGCACCCUGUCUACAGCAUCGCCUCCUUCGCCCUCGCAGACACCUCAGCCCGGUUCAAGACCUUACAGUAUUGGGGAGGCAGAGGGCGUGCAAUCGCACUAUCAGCGCUCACUUUCAUCGCCUAUGCCUGUGGAUUUCUCCAACGAUCCCUCGUAUGCCCCCAAACUGUGCCAGAGUGAUAGCGCUAACAUAUUGCUCGCCGUUGAACCCGAAGAUAGUAUUUUGGAGCACAGCAGAGAAGCUGCGUCUCGCGUGUUGCGUCACACAGAUGCUCCGGUUGCAGACGACACCUCGUCUGGCAGUGCCCGCGCUUCGCAAGAAUCCGUUCUCAGCUAUGCCACCCCUCGUACCGCUAUAUCACCUGCGCCCGAUCUGGGUGUGCAGUUUGAUGUCGACGUGAACGAUCCUGACGCACACAAUCAGUUAGGUCCGAAUCUGGCCUUGGAUGCGAACGUACAGCCUGCUAUCCGUUUUGUGAUCGAACGAGGGUGCUCACAGGUUUACGUGGGUGCGGGAAGACGCGACUACGUCCCUCUAGAACAGCGUCCGGGCGUCCAGGACGCAAGGCAGACCCCUUCUGCGGUCGAGCAUGGAGGGAUCACGAAACGCUCUAUGCUAGCGAGCUUCGAGGGAAAGGCGAGACUAUAA